UAAGCUGAACCGAGGGACAAGACUUCUCACCUCUGUCUCCAAGAGAGCGAAAAUGCAGCAAAAUCAUCAAGCGUCGAUUCUACAGUCACCGGCGAGGCUUGGCCUCACAAACCCUAAUUCACCGUCUCUCUCAAAUCCGGCCACCCCUAAACUCUCCUCACAAACCCCUCAGCACCAGAGCUUCGUUCCCCUUCAUCAACAACAACAACAACAGCAGCAACAGCAGCAGCAGACUCCAUCAACAACCCCCACAUUAACUACCACCACCACUUCUUCAGCUCUUCUCCCCCUCCUCCCUCCUCUCUCCCGAGCUCAAUCCAUCCUCCUCCAGAUGGCCUCACUCGCUACCAAACUCUUCGAAGUCUCGCCCAACCGAUCGAUGUGGCUCUCCUCCUACCGUGGCUCUCUCCCUACCUUCCUCCCUUCCCAGAAUCUGCCCCAGCACAAUGACUCAUCAUCCUCUCCAUCCACCACCAAAGAAAUACUCGCCCUCUUCAACACUCUCCAGACUCAACUCUUUGAGGCCGUUGCCCAACUCCAAGAAAUUCUCGAUCUCCAAGAUGCCAAGCAGAAGAUCGCCUCUGAUAUCCGUUCUAAGGACUCUGCUAUGCGGGCCUUCGCUAACAAGAUGAAGGAAGCCGAGCAUGUUCUCGACCUCCUGGUCGACGAUUACUCCGAUUAUCGCCGUCCCAAACGCUCCAGUUCUACUAGUAAUACCUCCGAAGGAACUGCUAGUGAUACCACCAUUACAUCGUCCUUACGUUUAUCGGAUAUUAUGUCCUACGCACAUCGGAUCAGUUACACAACCUUUGCCCCUCCGGAAUUUGGGGCCGGGGUGGCUCCGCUUCGUGGAGCCCUGCCACCUGCGCCUCAAGAAGAGCAGAUGCGUGCUUCGCAGCUGUACAAUUUUGCUGAUCUUGACGUUGGCUUACCCAAGACAGUUGAAAGCGAGAAAAAGGCUAUUGAGACUUUGAUUGAGGCUGCUCCCCCACAGCCCGCACAAACCGCAGACGCCAAUCAGCUUCUCGACUUGGCGGCGAUUAAGGGUCUCUUCCCACCUCAGCUCACUAUACCUUCAGGUUGGCGGCCUGGGAUGCCGGUGGAAUUGCCUACCGAUAUGCCGCUUGUGCCGCCGCCUGGUUGGAAGCCAGGGGACCCGGUGCCACUUCCCUCUUUGGAUUCCAUUGUUCUUCCUAGUAACCGUGAGGAGCAGCAGCAGCCACGACCUGUUGUUCCACAGAUGCCACUGCACAGGGCACCUGAGCCGAUACAGGUUCGGCAUGUUCAGCUUGACAUUAAUCCGGAUGAGGAUGAUGCGAGUAGCGACUAUAGUAGUGACAUGGGAAGUUCUGAAGAGGAUGAUGAAGAUUGAAAUUCUGCAAUUGUGAUGUUUCCUGGGAGUUGAAAUGUUUCUGAAGCAUUUCAGUUUUAGCCAGUGUCAUCCCCCUUCCACAAUCAGAUGGGAAAUUGAUUCAUUGAUGCCCACUUGCUUCUCAGACCUGUGCAUGGUACAUGUACGUGAACAAGGCCAAAACCAGUCCAGACCGGUUGUGGGAUUCAACUGCUGUGAUAGGCAGCCUAGUCAAGUGUGGCCUAGUUCCAUAUUGGUCCGAUGGAGCAUAUCAAGAGACCUAAAGACAACUUGCUGGAGAUUUAGGAAGCCAAGCUGCUGCUUGCGUGGAGAUUGUUUGAGAUUAUUUUCUAUAUUUUGCUUGGCUAUUGAUUUGCUGAUUUGAAGGAAUACUAACUACAGAUUUUGUGGGGGUAAAUAUGGAUGGACUCUUGAGAUUUCACGGUUCCCAUGUUCAGCCUGCAUGGAGGAGUUUAAGCUUCAAGAUUUUAGGAAAUCUUUGAUUGAUCUAGUUUCCAUUUUCAUAUUUCCUUGUAAUAGCUAUUGUGAAGAUAUUAUCUAGGUGGUUUGUAAUUUUAGUAUUUCAAUUUUAGAAAGUAGGAAUUCUAAUUUAUUGGGUUUCUAUCUAUGUAGAAGGGAGGGAUUUGUUUUGGAUUAGGAAUAUGUAUGUGAGGUUCUAUUCCCCAUCGAUUUUGUAGUAGCUAUUCAAUAUUAUAAAUAAGAUGUGGCUGGACAGAAUAGCCAAACAA